AUGUUUCUUUAUAUCUAUUUGUUAUCCUUGCUAUUAACCUUAAGAGGCAUUAAAAUUAAAGAAUUAGAUUCAUCCUACUAAGUCAGCAGGUAAUCUAUAAUACUGUCAGAAAAGGAUUUUACAUUAACAAAUGGAUUUCGAUAUGGAUUGUGGUCGAAAUAUAAUCCCUUAACUAACAUACCCUAAGUUGGAAUUACCGGGCAAUUUGACAGCAAUUGCUUGUUCAUGCACAGUGCAUCUGAAAAAAAUACUGAGUCAUUAAGUCUGAUAUAUUAUGAAUGCUUAAAUUAUGAAUAAAAAAAAAUAACGAAAAUAAUUGCAUUUAUUGAUAAUAAUGAGGAACAACAUUAAUUUAGUAAGGAUAUUGAUUUUUUUGAAUAUGAGAAUGUAUGGUAUUUCUUAAUGAUUGUGCAAUGGCCAUUAUAAUCAAAAUUUGAACUAAUUUUGAUGCAUUAACAGGAGAUAAUACUCCAAUCAUAUUUAUAAAUAAAGUGGCCUUUUAAUGAUAAUAAUAUAUUGCUGACCUUUGGUGGUAGCAUGAUAGUAGGUUAAUCAAAAAUCUCAUUUAUAGACCAAGGGACUAAAAUUUCAUAUUUUCCAGGUAAACUUGUUUUAUAUGAAUUUGAAAUUGUAGAUAUCUUAGCUUUAGAGAACUAUUAAUAAAUAUAACAAGAAUUUUUUCAAUUAUAUUAAAAUUGUCUAUGUUAAGAAAAUUCUUAAUCUGAAAUAGGUAAUGUUGAUAUUAGUUAAUUGUAAAAUUUGGUGUUUGUGUCGGAAAAUAUAAACUGUAAUUCUUUUAUUUUAUCUGGAUGGAUUAAAAUUACUGAAAUAAUAAAGUCAUAGGCAGAAUUUAUUUAUUAAGUAUUAGUCUUAACAUCCAAUUUUCAAAAUUCUUUAGCAGAUUAAAAUUUAGCACCAUUUUCUUUAUCUUAUAAGAUUUCCUCUAGGAAUUAAAUCAUCGUAACAACCUACAGCUACACAUUUCCAUAAGUAACAAUUGAUUUUUCUGAUAAUCCAUUUUUGAUCAAAAAAGAAUUUGAGAUUUCUCAUUCAAUAUUUCUUUGGCAUUAAGUUUAUGUUUAAGUUAAGGAAGAUUAAUUGAAAAUCCAAAUUUAAUUUUUGGAAGGGCAUUAAGUUUAUGAUUAUCCUUUCUAAAUUAAGGUAUUUUAAUUUAAGCAAACUUAAUUUAAACUUUAAUAUGGGAAUAACUUGUUAUCUUAAACUAAUUAUUUGAAUAUAUAACUUCGAAACUUUAAGUUUUACAAUUGCUAUAUUUAAGUUAACCAAUAAAAUUGUCAUUACUCUUGUGAGGAUUGCGAGGGUCCAAACAAAGAUAAUUGUCUAUCCUGUAAAAAAGGAUCACAGAGGAUUUACUUAGCCUAAUUCAAAGCUUGUGUUUGUCCAUAUAAUACUAUAGAUGAUUAAAAUUGUUAGUCAUACCAGGAUCAUAGUUUAGAAAUAGUUCAAAAUGCAGAAAAGAAAUAAAGUUGUUAGUAUGGAUACUUUGAAUAUUCUGAUAGUUGCUUUAAAUGGUAUUCUUUAACAAUAUGAUAUAGCCCAUCAAUUAUACGGGAGAAUUUAGUAACUUGCUUAGAAUGUGUAUAAAAUCCUAAAGGGUGGAUAUAGAAUCCAUUAUGUGAUAGAAUUUUGUAUUUAAAUUUGAAUGGAUCUGUUGAAAAAAUAUUUACAGAUUGGUCACCUACUUAUUUCCUUUUUGAUGGAAAUGAUGCAAUUUAUUGUAAAAGUUGUAAUAAAACCUACACUUUUAUUCAAAAUGAAUAUAAUAUAGAAGAAUCAGAAAUUUCACUUCCUUCUUUAAAUUAUUUUUGCUUAGGUCUACUUAAAAACUGUUUAAAAUGCUUGUAUACUCUAUUUGGAAAUACUUGCUUAGAGUGUUACUUUGGCUACAUAUAAAUUGAAGGAGUAUGUACUUCGUAAUCAUAAGAUCGAUUGGAGUAUUGCAUUCCUCCAUUAUACUUAACAUUGAGGAGAAAAUGUGAAGUUUGCAAUAUUAAAUUUUGCAAAUAUUGCUUUCAAUAUGUGAAGAACGAUAUAAGCAUUUCCACAUUAUACAGAGGCUUUGAAUUUCUUGACCAGGAUCAUGAAAUAAUUAUUGGUUGUGCUUUGUGUGAAGAAAAUUAUAUUUAUGAUUUCGACAAACAGCUAUGUUUCAAUUAGCAUCCAUAAUUGCAAAAUUGUUAAAGAUCUUUUGUAAAGGACAGUAAAGAAAUUUGCACUUUAUCCAUGAUUGAUGAUUUUAAAUUAUCUUCUGAAAUUAUGAAUUGCCAAAAAUACUUACUUAAUUGUUUGCAAUGUCUUUUGACUCUUGAAUCUACAGUCAAAUGUGUUGUUUGUGAUAUUGGAUAUACAGCUUCAAUGAGGAAUGGAGGUUGCUAUUAAACAGAUCCAAUAAAAACAGUAGGAGCAAAAAUAGCUAUAGAAGGCUCACAUUCACUAUAGGAUGGCUGGAUUUAACGAAUCUAAAGUUUCAUCAAUAGAUUUUUGCCCAAUCACUAUUUUUAUCCUCAAUCAUAAUUAACUACAGAUAUGUAAGAAUAAAUAGUUGAAUGUCUAGAUGGAUUUAAACUCAUAGAGUUUGUUUGUGUAAAAUAUUGUGAUUCCGAUUGUUUAUCAUGUGAAUAUGAUUAUCACUAAGGUUUUUUAUGCAGCCAUUGCCCUUUGAAUUACUAUUAUCAGCCAAUUAGAGAUUAAAUAGAUGGUUCUUGCUCUGGGUGCCCUUAUUUAUGUUAAGCAUGCCAAGUUAGAUCAAAAAACGAAAUAUAUGUAAUUUAUCUAUGUUAUUACCUAGACCUUCUAACCUAAUUUUUAAUUGAAUAAUGAUAAUUUGAUAUAUACAAAAAGAUGUUUAAAAGCAGUAUCUGAUCCAAAUAUUUAAUUAGAUCUAGAUAAUUAGAUAGCAAGGUAUUGUUUUGAUGAACAAUGCUCAUCUACUUUUUUAUAUGAAAUCAGUUAUGAUUAUUGUGAAUUGAGUGAUUCAUUCUGGGAAUUAUCAUUUAAAAUAAACUAUUUAAACUAAAUUGGAAUAGAUACUUUAAUUAUCAAAUUUAUUUUUACAAGUCCAACACCAUGUAAGGUUGCUGUUAUAUUGUUAGAUUAGAAAGUUUAAACUAAAAUAUUUUCACUCAAAAGCGUUUAAUUUAUAUUAACCUCAGAAAUAGAUUUAAUUUUUUCUACAUCUGCACCUAUACAUAUUUUAAAUAUUGACACUUUAAUUAUUAGCAACAUCGUUUAAAAGCGAAAUGCCAACGAUGACUUUAUUAUUCUAAAUAAUUAAACUUAGACAGAUCUGAAAUUAAAUAAUUAUACAAUUUAUGAUAGUAACAUACAAAAUUCUGAAUCUCAAUUUUAAAUUGAAACAUUUGGUCAAGUAGAAUUUAAUAAUGUUUCAAUACUUAACUCAAUAUUAAUGAAUUCAUCCUUUCUAAGCUUAAGUAAUUCACAAAUUAGUGGAGUAAUUAAAAUUAAUAGAUUAAUAAUAAAAGAUUGCAUUUUGACAAAUUCUAAAUUAUUUUAAUUAACCAAUAAUAAAAUUAUUUUGCAAGUUCAAAAUCUCUUUAUUGAGGAUUGUAAGUUUUAAAAUUCAUCAAUAUUUUUUAUCAAACCCCCCAUUGAUCAAUUAAGUUAAGUAUCUUUUCAGAAUGUAACAAUAAAGGCGAGUUAAUUUGAAUUCUCAAGUUUUGUGAAUUGCUUUAACUAUGCAAUUUUAUCAAUGAUUGACAUAAGAUUAUAUUCAAAUGAACUACAUACUUCAAGUUUAAUUACAUAAAAUUAUAACUUUUCAAUAUAAUACCUAUCAUUAUUAGAUAAUAAUAUCUAAGAGUCUCAUUUGAUUUCGAUUAUUGAAGAAGAUUUUAAUUCAAAUGUUUCAAUUAAUAUUUUUAAUUUUGUUAGUAAAUAAAUUUAAAUUAGGAACUCAAAUUUAUUAAAAAUUUACUCAGACCAAGAGUCAAGUAAUCUAUUUUUGAAAAUCUCAAAUUUAUAAUUUGAGGAAAUGAAAAGUUUGUAUAGCUCUGAUUCUAGUUCAUUCUUAUUUAUUAUAAAAUGCCUUCAAUUUACUUCAUCAGAUAUUUAAAUCCAUAAUUUAAACAAUAUUUUCAUCUUUUAUAUCUACGAAAGUAACACAAUUCUUAUUCAGAAUAUUAGAUAUGAACAACAAGAUUAACAAUAUAAAGUACAAUUAAGUUAAAAUUGCAACAGCUAAAUGAUGAAUAAAAAUAAAUUAAUGAAAGUAGUAGACUUUUCUACUUUUAAACUUACACAUGUAUAGAUUGUAAAUUAAUUUACAAUUGAUGAAUCAAUUUUAGAUUUAUCUCCAAAAUAACUGUAACUCAUUUCAGUUAAUACUAAAAUAGAAAUUAUAGAUAUUAUUUUCAAAGGAAAUUUAUAAUUACACUUAUAAUCAUCAAGAUUCUUUUCCCUAUUAUCUAUAGAUUCGGAAAGAAAUAUAGAUAUUACUAUUUGUAAUAUUUAAUUUUUAGAAAACAUUUUUCAUUCAUAAAUAGAUGAUACAUUAUUAGCUUACUCAUCAUUAAUAUAUAUUAAUUCAUAGAGAAGCAUUGUUGAAAUAUUUAAUUUAUCAUCAAGCCAAAAUGGUUUAACAAAUUCAUCUAAUUCUUUUAUUUACAUAAAUUCCUUUAAUUUGAUGUUUCAUAAUUAUAGUGUGUCCAAUCAUAAUAUUUUGUCUUCUGAAAUAUUAUAAAAGUAUUAUGAUUUAGAAGUGGACAAUUUAAUAGAUUAAGAAUAAAUAAAUUCAUUUAUAUCUCAAAUUCUAUUUAUAAAAAAUAUUGGAGGAGCAGCUAAGAUAAUAGCAUCUAAUUUUACGUGUGAAAAUUGUCAAUUUUAUAAUAUACAUGCAUUUAAAAGUGCAAUUUUUGAGAUUAUCACACAACUUUAAGGAUCAGUGAGACUUAUGAAAAUAACAGCAAGUAACCUUUAGAGUGAUUUAAACUAAAUUACAAAUAGUUCAGGUUGCAUCAGCAUAUAUUCAUAAAAUAGUCUCCUUGAUCUUGAAAUCCUUAAUUCAACAUUUUAUGAUAUUAUAAACAGAAUGUCUUCCUCAAUACUAACAAUUUAAUCUUCUAAUAUUUAAAAUACUAUUCAUUUAUAAAACAUCUAGAUUUAGAAUUGCCUUUCAUUGAUACAUUAAAUCCUUUUAAUUGAAUUUUCUAAGAAAAUUGUUUAAAAUAAUAAAGUAUUUCUUAAGAAUAUCAAAGUAUCUUAAGAUGAAAAAGCAUGGUAACGCUAUUUUACAAAAGUAGGAGUCUUAAGCAUAGCCGAAUAAUCAGAUAUUUCAAGCAGUGACAAUGCUUUAAUAUACAUUGAGAGUUGUUCAGCCUCAUUCAAGAAUGUAAUAUUUGAAGGAUUUUAUAUUUCAUCUAUUAUGAUAUUUGUUAAUCCGCCAAUCUUAGAAUUAUAGGAAUUGUUGAUAACAUAAAUAUAGUCAUUUUAUUCUUUUACUUUAGUGAAGAUAAUUUAGCAAGCUGAUUUAAAAUCUAAAACGAUUAUCUAAAAAUUAAGAAUAACAAAUUAAACAAAUUAUUUAGUUAAUGACAUAAGUAUUUAAUUUUCAAACUAUUUUUUUUAAAGUAUAGGGUGCAAUUAAUUUUAGAUUGUCUCAACUACCAAUAUGAUAAAUUAUUCAAUAUAUGACCUUUUUUAAGCCAUCUAAAGGUAAUCAUAAAAAUAAGAAUCGCUAAUAUAUAUAUCAAGCACAUCAAAUAAAAGUUCGUUUCACUUCAAUUAAGUAUAUAUAAUUAAAAAUAAUUGCACUUUAUGCAGCGAUGGUUUAAUCUCUUUUGAUUUAGAUUUAUUUUAGAUGAUAAAAAUUUAAGAUUUUCAUUGUCAUUAGAACUUUGCACAGGAAUACGGAUGUUUAAAGUUCGCAACUUCAAAUGAGCUAUCCAAUGUAGUUCAAUUGUAGAAUUCAAAUAUUAUACAAAAUGAAGGCAGUAGAGGAAUUGCAAUUUCUUCCUUCUAAGUACCAAUCAACUUAAAAUCCUGCAAGAUGAUCUUAAACACUGCCAAAUAUGAAGGUGGAGCAAUAUAUUUUGAUUUGAAGAGCAAUCUAUUUUCGAUCAAACACAGUUUUAUAAUAUCAAACAAAGCAACAGAAGGGGGAGGAAUUUAUUUAAAAUCGAAUAGUAAUUUAAAUCUUGAGAAUUCAAUUCAAAAUUAGCUCAUCUUUAAUAAGGCAUCUAUAUAGGGGGCUAAUGUAGUAGAAUAUCCAACUCAUAUGGCUUUGUUUAUAAAUUCAUUUGAGAUGCCCUCUAAAAUUUUAAAUUCUGAACAACCUUAAACAAAGAUUCUUAAUAUCAAACCGUAUACUACUAUUGAAUAAGAAAAGAUAAUAAUUACAAAGUAUCUUAUGAUUCCAAGUAAUCAAGCUAUAUCAGAGUUUAGCCUCAUCCUGCCAAGAUUGUCUUAAACAAUAUUAUAAAUUAGCGAAUUAGCCUUAAUUUUUAAGAAUAGUUUUAAUGAAAUGAUUUUGAACUCUUUUAAUUCAAGUUGCACUUUGAUGAGCUAUAUUGUGAUGCUGAACUAAACAAAUGAAAAGAGAUUUUUAAAAAGCGACAUGUUGGAAUUUAAUAUUAACUAAACAGGCUUUGAUUUAACUUCGUUAACAUUUUAACUUGAUCCUUAUAAUAAAGAUUAUAAAUAUUUAGAGAUCUAAAUAAGUUGUUAAGCAGGACAAUAGUAAAAUUAUUUAUAAUAUUAUAUUCAAUCUAAAAGUUAUAAAUGCUAAUUAGGCGAAUUUUAUGUUGACUCUGGGUGUUAGAAGUGCCAACCAAUUUAGAGAUUUUAUUCAGUUACUUAUGAUUCGAUAAAAUGUUCAAUAUUCGAUAAAGAAAAAUUCUUAGAAAUUACAUCAAAUGCCAUUUAAUUAAAAAAUGGAUAUUGGAGACCAAACUAUUUAUCAGAUUACUCAGCUUUAUGUUUUAAAAAUUUAAAUAAUUGUGGAGGUGGAUGGAGAGUUGGAGACAAUAGUUGCAGUGAAGGCCAUGUUGGUGCAUUGUGUGAAGAAUGUGAUAUCCACAAUAUUAGGGGAUUUGGAAAACAUUUUAAGAUUUAGUCUAAGACAGAUUGUUUAAAAUGUUUUGGCAUUCAAGAUAGUAUACUUCCUGUCUUUUUUAAUAUUCUCUGGUAUAUUUAUAUUUUAUGCUAGGACAAUUUUUUCAAUUGUUAUAACUUUAAGAAGUAUUGAAAAAUCUAAUGAACUAUUUUUAUAUCUCAAAAUUAGGGAAAGAUUUAGUAGAAUCUUAUUUAAAUUAAAUCAAGGUAUAGAAAAUAAUUACACUAGAUCUUUAAAGUAUAUUUGUAAAAAUGUUCUUAAAUUAUUUGUGGAUUUUUUCAGUAAUACUUACAUUCAAUAUCAACUUUUAAUUUUCGUUUGAUUUUAUAAACCAAGCAAGUAAUACAUCCUAUUCAUUGGCAAAUAAUUUAGACUGUUACUUGUCUGAAAUCGAAAAUGUUGAGUUGAUCUAUUUUAAAGUAAUUGUUAUUUUAGUAUUAAUCCUAUGGUAAUUUUGUAUUAUCAUUAUUGGAUACUUCCUCUUUUCCAAAGUUACAAAGAACGAAUUUAAGUUUAGUAUUGUUUCAAAUACUUUACUUUGUCUUUAUAUUUUCAAUUUUGCAGGAAUUAUUAAUAUGUAAUAUGUGAUUAUAAUUAGUUUUUAGUUUAUGCUCUUUGAUUUCAGUGAGGGAAAUCUCGCAUUUAUAAUAUAUUUAGGGAGAUUUAACUAGAUUAUUCUAUACUUAAAAUCAUCAGCUAUGGAUUUUGUAUCUAGUAUUUCCUGGAUUAAUGAUUUUUGGAUUCAUAAUUCCUUUACUAUUAUUUUUUUUAAUGUACUUAAAGCGGAAUUUCUUAAAUAAAUCAAAAUUGAGACCUCAUAUUUGUUAUCUAUUUAAUGAAUACUAAUCAACAAGAUAUUAUUGGGAAUAAAUAAAAUUGAGCAAAAAGGCAAUUAUCAUACUUUUUUUAACCUAUUUUGAAACUCGAAUAACUUUAAAAGCCUCUUUAAUUGGGUUGACUUUAUUAUAUUAUUCAAAACUGGCAUUACAAAAAAAACCAUAUAUCUUGUCUAACCUUAAUCGAUUAGAUUUAAAAGCUGGAUAUAUAUGUUCAUUCUCUAUUUUUUUAGCAGCAAUUAAAUAUGAGAAUGAAACUGAAAGCAAUAAUUCUCAGUCUAUAUUGCUUUAGAUUAUUAUAAUAGCCCUGUUUAUUAUGCUGUCUUAUCAGUUUAUUUCUAAUAUUACUUCAAUUUAUAUUAUUAAAUAUAAAUUUAUUGUAAUUAACUAUUUAUUCUUGAUGUUUUAAUACAUGAAAAUGGAAAAAAGUUCCAAUAAAUUUCAAAGUCUACUAAAUGAAUAUAGCAGAAGAAAACAAAGAUUACAAUAAAAUAUAGCAAAAUUAAGAAAAUACCUUUUAUAAGUUUCAAAAAAUUAAAUAAAGAAUAGAUCGUAAUUUUUAAACAAAAUUUUAGUAUUAAAAAUUCAAUUAUUUCGACACCAACUGCUUCAUCGAGACUUUUUAGUGUUAAACGAUCUGAUGUACAAUAAACAUUAUAAUGAUGAUAUAAAUUAUAAUAAGUUUUAAUUUUAAAUUCUUUAGAAUAAUUAUAUAGAAAUAUCAAUGUAUCUUAAUAAACAAAAAUUAUUCAAAGAAACACAGAAAAAUUAAUGA